AUGGCGCUUCCCGCAAUCAAUUCCCUCGAAGACUGCUCCGACUGGGCCAAGGCCGCAGAGCCCUUCAUCCCGCAGCUACUCGACCUGCCGCGCCGAAUCGCCGCGAGCCCGCAGUCCCUGCCGCAGAUCUACCUCGAGACGAACCCGCUCGUUUCCGGCUUCGCCUUCUCCCUCCUCAUCGGGUUCGUCGCGUUGGGAGUGUCCGAGUACCACAGGAACUACUCCCAGAUCGACCGGUUAUGGAGUCUCUUGCCCAACUGGUACGUCCUGCACAUGGCUGCCUGGGCGCACCUGAACGGGGUACCGUCACACCGAUUGAUGUUGGCUGGAGUCGCGACAACUCUCUGGAGCGCGCGACUGACCUUCAACUACUGGCGCAAGGGCGGAUAUGAACGUGGCAGCGAGGAUUACCGAUGGGAAAUCGUCCGCAAAUACGUCCCAGCAUUCGUAUUCUUCGUCUUCAACGUGACCUUCAUCUCGUUCAUCCAGUCCAUUCUCCUCUUCGCCUUCUCUGCCGCCCCGGCCUACUCCCUCCUCCUCGCCAGUCGUAUUGAGCCCGGGAUCUCCGCCGCCGACUGGUCCUUCUUCUCUAUCAUCGUCGGCCUUGUCGUCAGCGAGUACAUUUCCGACGGCCAGCAGUGGGACUACCAGACCGCGAAGCACGCCUACAUGAAGGACUCUAAGGUGCCUCGUGGAUGGGCGCAGGGAGACCUUGACCGCGGGUUCGUGACAAACGGCCUGUGGGCGUACAGCCGUCACCCCAACUUUUUCGCUGAGCAGAUGAUCUGGUUCGUGCUGUACCAGUGGAGCUGCUACGCGACCAAGGUGCUCUACAGCUACACCUUCGCCGGUUCUGCGUUCUUGAUUAUGCUGUUCCAGGGCUCGACUUGGCUCACGGAGCUGAUUACUUCUGGCAAGUACGCCGAGUACAGCGAGUACCAGAAGCAGGUUGGCAUGUUCAUGCCCACGUCACUCUUUGGCUACCGCAAGCCGCAGCCCAAGGUUAUCAGGACAAGCGAGUUGGCGAAGAAGCAGACAAAGAAGGAGAGGUAG